AUGGGUAUUAUUUUUACCUUGUACAAAAGUAAAGGUGACCUCAAUGAUCCUGAUAAUUGCAGAGGGGCCGAUUGCAAAGACAUCUUGGAGAAAGAUAGUACUGCAACAAGUGGUAUAUAUGAAAUAAAACCGUGGAAAACAAGAGAAAAAAUCAAAGUCUUCUGUGAUAUGGAAACAAGCGGUGGUGGAUGGACGGUGAUUCAUAACCGCUUUGAUGGUUCAGUCGACUUUUAUCGAAAUUUCAAGGACUAUGAAAAUGGAUUUGGUGACAUAGCUGGUGAAUUUUGGCUGGGCUUAAAGUACAUUCAAGAGAUUUCACAGAAGAGCUCAACCCAGCUACGUCUAACGACGACGGCAAACAAUGGCGAUAUCGCAGAAGAUGAGUUUGAGGAGUUCAGGCUUGAAAACGGAACUGAAUAUAGAUUAAGUUACGCAGCAAUAUGGGGCUCAGUUUGCUUACCCAAUCUGUCUGGUAUUGCAUUCACAACCAAGGACAAAGACAUGGAUUAUUCGACAGGUAACUGUGCUGUUGAGUUGAACAGUGCAUGGUGGUACUUAAAAUGUACGUCAGUCGACUGCAAUCUCAAUGACAAUGAGAAAAAGUAUGGUAUGGUGGCAAUAGAAAAUGGUACUCGAUAUUAUUAG